UGGGUCCAAAACUAUAUAAUUUUGUAUAGAGAGAAGUUCAAAAAUGGAGCCAACUUCAAGUGAGUAUCCACAAUACCAAGCGUAUAAAUUCAGUGAGAAAGAUCAGCCUGAUAUCAAUAUUACCAACGAUGACGCCCCCAUAGACGCUGACGACAGGGAGGAAGAUAAAGAUACCUUCACCGUAAACACUUGUUACUCGAGAGUCGAGCGCCAUCCAGUAAGAGAUGUAUGAAAAGCAAUGGGGUGGAAGAACUCCAUCAGUGAGACUAAAGGAGACCUCUUCUGGUUUAUCGAUGCCUGUAAUCUCUCCCUCAGAAAGAUGAUGAGGGAGAAAACCUGCUACUACAACCGGUACCCCAGGAUCAGUAUAGUAUGCUUGAAGCGUGAUUUCCAUAUUCUGCUUAAAUAAAUAUCAGACGUUUUUCCCAAAAGAUUUUGACUUUAUUCCAAAAACGUACAUUCUUCCGGAGGAUAUUACAGCUUACAAACGUUACCUGGACACCCAAGAUAAUCCUAUCCUGCUGGCGAAGCCUUCCAAAGGAAGAGGAGGAGAAGGCAUCUUCUUUGUCAAACGGUAUAAAGAUUUAGAUCAAGAAAGCAUGAAAGACUACGAGUAUGUUGCUCAGCACUACAUUCCUAAUCCCUUACUUAUCGAUAAGAAGAAGUUCGACUUCAGGCUCUAUUUAAUGAUCAAAGGGGUCGAGAACAUGACUGGUUACAUCGCCUCUGAAGGAAUGGUAAGGUUUUGCACUGAAGAUUACACUGACCCCUUCCCCUGUGAUGACUCUGAUAGCAAUGGCGAAGAGGAACUAAUGGACAACGAGCUUAAGAAGAAAGAUAACCUUGUUGGGCAUCUCACCAAUUUUUGCCUCAACAAAGAAAGCGAGAAGUACGUUAACAAUGCCAACUUUAAGGAUACAGAUGAAGGGACCAAGAGGCUAUUUACUAAAGUUCUUCAAGUGCUGGGAAAGAUGGGUGUUGACCUGGGUAAAUUCAAGGAAGACCUAAAUGACAUUUGUACCAAACUCGUGAUUGCACUUAGACCUCACAUUGUUAACAAAUAUCACCAUGAGAUUGGUUUAGAAGGGGAAGCUAAUCAGAACUGAUUCCAUAUUCUCGGAAUUGACCUCAUGAUUGACGAAAAUCAUAAGCUAUGGAUCAUCGAAAUCAACUGUUUCCCGAGCUUCAACUACUUCAUUACCAGAAAUAUAAUCGAUGAGACCACAAAGAAGAGAAUCAAGAUAAAGCAGGUGUCUGAAAUCGAUAAGUACAUCAAAACCUUGAUCAUCAAGGAGGCUAUCCAAGUCAUUCGGGGUGAGUACGAGGAAUCUGACAAAGUUUUCCAACAAAUUUAUCCUCCAAAAGACACAGAAAACUACAAAAACCUGAAUAUAUAUGAUAACAUUAGAAAAGUGUUCGAGAACUUGGCUUAUCCCCAAAAGCCAGAUUAUAUUAAUCUCGAUCAAUUUGAGACGAUCGGGCAGUACGGAGAGGAAAUGAAGCACAUUGGUCAAGAGGAUUCAAAAUCCCCAGAAGAUGGUCGCUCAUUAACCAAUGAGAUCGGUGCAAGUGCUAAAUUAGAUGCGAAAAUUCUUACAAAAACCCUCCUUAGAAACUACUUCAAAGAUUAUGCCAAAAGCGGCAAACAGACCCUAAUGAAUUUGAGUCAGUUCACAAAGGCAAUCGAUGCCUUGGCUACCACUCUGUACCCUGGCUACUUCACAAAGUAUGAGAGGAUGAGCAGAAUAAUGGAGGACCUGUUCCAUAUGCCUUAAAUAGAUUAUUAACUAAUUUUGGCUCUG